AUGCCUAGAACGAGCGUCAGAAAAGAACUGAUCGACUGGUACAUCGACCAGCUAACCACCGAACUAAAUCGCACGACUGGCGAACAGUUCUUAAAGUAUAUCCCUCGCACUCUCGAAGCUUACGUCAAGCUCCACGACAAAUACACCAAAAGGCUCGAAAACACUCCCACCGAUACCGAGGAUACCGAGAACGACGAAAAUGUCGAGAAUAACCAUCAACCUGCCCCUUCAUCCAUAUCUUCAUCCUCAUCUUCAUCCUCAUCCUCAUCCUCAUCUUCUUCCUCUUGCCAAUCAAUAAUCCUCACCGUUCUUGCAAACGAAAAAUUCCUCGAUCUAAUCAAAUCCGAAAGAUACAUUGCUCCGCGACUCCCCGUCCCCAGAACCCAAGAUUUCUACCUAAACGUAGUCCCAAACCUCGAUAAUGACCGUUUCCGCCAGAACUUCCGUGUCAAUCCCGAUGCAUUCGCUUUCAUCCUCCAAAAAAUCUCUACAAACCCAGUUUUUGGCGACAGACAGGGCUCUGCAGAAUUACAACUAAAAAUCGCGUUACGCAGAUUUGGUGGAUUGGACGAUGUCAGCCAGAUUGCCCAGAAAUUCGGAAUCGGGGAAGGGACGGUGGUACUUUAUACUCAGAGAGUGGCUGGUGCGUUGAUGGAGCUGUGGUCAGAGUAUGUUAGAUGGCCUACAGUUGAGGAGCAGGCUGCUAUGAAAGCACGUUUAAGGCAAAAGGACUUUGCGGUAUGGGAAGACUGCGUGGGCUUUAUCGACGGUACAAUGUUCCCCUUUGCUACCCGCCCAGCAUUCGGAAAGGAAGACGCAAGAAAUUACUACAACAUGAGAAAACAUGCAUACGGCCAACAUGCUACCGUCGUCUGUGACGACCAAAACAGAAUAACUCACUUCACGAGUCUAUUCCCGGGCAGUGUUUCCGACCAAAGGGCGUUCAGGGUUACGGAUCUCUUCCAAAAACCCGAGGAGUUUUUCAAAAACCAAUAUCAGUAUCUCCUUGGUGAUAAGGGGUACGCGUUGAACGAAAGGUUGAUUAUUCCGUUUAAACAGCCAAGAUCAGGAAAACCACCGAAGGAGCAGAGAAGGUUCAAUUGGAAGUUAUCCAGUCUACGGGUCAAAGCCGAACACACAAUUGGAAUCCUUAAGUUACGGUUUAGGUCUUUACAGCGACUCCCAGUUCGCUUAGUCUCACAGGAGAAGCUAUCGGAGGCACUACGAUGGAUUGGUGCGUGUGUGGUUUUGCAUAAUAUGUUAGUUGAUUUUAGGGAUGAGUGGGAGCCAACAACCGAAAUGCUAGAGGAGGUAUUAAAAGAGGAGAGGGAAAGGGAUGAGGAAUAUUUGGGAGCGAUAGACGGGUCGGUUCAAGUCGAAAACCCGGGGUUGCUAGCUAGGAUGUCAAAGGACGAAAGAAGGGGACAUACAAGACGCCUGGCGCUAAUGCAGAGAGUAAUGGACGAAGAUGAGGCUUUUGACGAGGAAAUGGCAAUGCUGGUGGGAUCAAACGCCGGUAAAAAUGCAAGGAAGAGGAAGAGGAAAUGA